GGGAAGAGGUGAGAUGGGCGGGAGCAGGGGCAGCGAGGCGGCGUGGCCGAGUUUUUAAAUACUAAUGAGGUUCCAACUCGACAGCGCGAGUCGGUGGACGGGGCUCCCAUGUGCAAUGCGCGGCGUCGCGGCCUGUUGGUUCCCGGCGUCAGUGGCGGUGGCGGGCUGCUGAGCCUCCAUGGAGCCCGGUGACCGAGCGAAGGACGAUUAAAGAGAGCGUCGGGUGGAGGAAAGGCUACGAGGAUGUCAAUUACUGUGAAAAGAUGAACCAGCGGCACGUUUUGUUUGUAUGUUUGAUUAUCUCAGUGUUAUACUGGUGCCCUCAUUGGCAUGUAGGUUGUACUGGGCAGCAGGAGAGUUCCUCAUCAGUAACACAUGUUGCACAAAAUGAGCACUUUGAAAAAAAGCCCAAGCAGGAUACAACUGAUGAAUCCACAGAUGUGAAACAUUCAGAUAUUGGCGGACAGCUAGAUCCCCUGCCAGAAGAGUACAAAAAAGCAAGCCAUCAGCAUGUGAAAUUUGAAAAAUCUGAUUUUCCUGAACCUGGAUUGGAGCCUUCUGUAGGACAAGUGGAACCACCUCGCAGCCUAGCUGCUAGUAUUGAUAACAUUUCCAGUCCAUCUACCUCAGAAAACACCUUCUCUCAGCAUAGUGCAAUAGAAAAUUCCAGUGAUGAUAUUCCCAUAAUAAGCUAUGGACAGUCAAAAGCUGACUGUGAAGCUGGAAGGGACAGUGAGGCUAUUCCACAUAGCAAGCCCCCAUCCUCUACCAGCGUGCCUGAAAGCCCUCAGGAAAAAUCUAAUGAUGGGGAAUCUUCAAAUGGCAAGGGAGAAGUACCUAAUUCCAGUUCUGAACCUGUUUUUCCUGAGAUUCCAAAGAGUGUGUCUGAAGCUGAUAAAGAGAAGCCAACAAUAGAAAAAAAAUCCAACAAAACUCAAGUUCUGCAAAAGGAAGACUUGGUAGAAAAUACUGAAGUUCCAAGAGGAGUAGAUGCUGGAGAUUCUUCGAUUGCAUCUAAAGAUCCAGGAGAUAUUCCCUCAUUUGAUGAAUGGAAAAAGAAAGUCAUGGAAGAAGAGAAGGAGAAAAGUCAGUCAUUGCAUACUUCUAGCAGUGGGCUUCAUUCUGGAAAAAAACUACAGAAAAACUUCAACAACUAUGCCUCUGUGGAAUGUGGAGCAAAAAUUCUGGCUGCUAACCCAGAAGCAAAGAGCAAUUCAGCAAUUCUGAUGGAAAAUAUGGACUUGUAUAUGUUAAAUCCAUGCAGUGCAAAAAUUUGGUUUGUAAUUGAGUUGUGUGAGCCCAUUCAAGUCAGGCAGCUUGAUGUUGCAAACUUCGAGUUAUUUUCAUCCUCGCCAAAGGAUUUUCUAGUUUCCAUCAGUGAUAGGUAUCCUACUAAUAAAUGGGUUAAACUCGGCACAUUCCAUGCUCUGGAUGAGAGAACAGUGCAGAGCUUUCCUUUAGAUGAGCAAAUGUAUGCCAAGUAUGUCAAGAUGUUCAUCAAAUACAUAAAGGUGGAGUUAGUUUCACACUUUGGAUCAGAGCACUUUUGUCCCCUUAGCCUUAUAAGGGUGUUUGGUACCAGCAUGGUGGAGGAAUAUGAGGAAAUUGCUGAUUCUCAGUACAAUACAGAGCGUGUAGAAUAUCUUGAUGAAGAUUAUGAUUAUCCAUUGGAUUAUGGUACUCAAGAAGAAAAAUCAUCGAAAAAUCUACUGGGUUCAGCCACGAAUGCUAUUUUGAACAUGGUAAACAUAGCUGCCAAUAUGCUUGGGGCCAAGAAGGGAGGAGAGGACAUUACUGAAUCAGAAGUUAAUGAAAGUAUAAGAUCUGAGAAUGAAACCUCAAAAAUGAAUAUUUCUGAUCCUGUGAUUAGCAUCAGCCCUACCUCUUUAAUGCCUGAGUUGGACUUAGUUACAUCUAUAAUUGAGGAAGAACCAGAGCAAAAAUCUUCUGACUUGAGUUUGCAAAAGAAAGAUUUAAUUGUGCAACUGGUACCUGAAGAUGAGGAGGAAUUAGGGAAUCAGCUGUCCACAGUCACUCUUCUCAAACCUGAAGAUGACUAUGAUGUAGUCAGUUGGUAUGAAGCUGAAACUCAGAUAUAUUGCAGUGAACUGCCAAGGAUUUCCUGCAUUGCAAGUUUUGUGGAAUACAUUUAUAGAUGGUGUUCUAUUAUUGCAGACCUUCAGAGGCCACGCAGUGUAACACUGAAAGUCGAAUCAGUUUCAAAUGUUUACCAGUUUCUGUCUGGACAGGAGGGAACAGUUCUGGUAAAUGCAACUAAGGAAAUGAGAGAGGAUGAAAUGGACAGCGUGCCUGCUGAAAUUGUGUCUAAAAUUUCCAGUGAAAGUCAGUCCAGUACGUACUUGUCUGACAACUUUGUUAAUCAGACUGACUCAGAACUGGAACCCAGUCAUCCUCCACUUGCUUAUUCUCCUGAAGUCAGUACGCUUGAUACAAAGUAUGAUGUGAAAUGUACUGCCAUACUUCAAAGUUCUGUUGAUGCUGCUGACAAAAUGGCUGAUCAGCUCAACCUCCAUCCAGAGCCUGGUGUACCUAUUUUGGAUCAAAGUACAGAAACUAAACUGGAGACCGUGCAUAUGGAAGCAGCUGAAGAACUGGAGGAAACUACACUAGCUUUAGAAACUGAUGCUGCUCAUGACCCAGAUGUGGGUAUUUCAGUAAAUGGGUCCAUGGAUGAAAAUAAAAGUACUAUUCAAACAUCAAUAAUACCUACAGAACCCUUCCGAACAGCUGGUGGUGUGGAUGAGUAUCCAGUGACUGAAAUUCAGAGUGAAGGUACUGGUACAAAAGUGGCUGUGGCAGAUAAGGGAGAAUCUUUGUUACCAUCAGGUUCAGAUGUGCCCGUUUCAUCAGCAGCAGAAACAAAAGAUGAAUAUCAAGCUGCAGAGGAAAUCCUCUUGUCUGUUCCAUCCUCAAAUGGACUAAAUCGAACAGUUACUGAUUUCUAUGCAGAACUGCACAAUGUUACUGAUCUAGGAUACACUAAUGGGAACCAGGUGCAUGGAUCCAACCAAAAGGAGUCUGUGUUCAUGAGACUCAACAACCGCAUCAAGGCACUAGAAAUGAAUAUGUCCCUGAGUAGCCGGUAUCUGGAAGAACUGAGUCAACGGUAUCGGAAACAAAUGGAAGAAAUGCAGAAAGCAUUUAACAAGACAAUAAUUAAACUACAGAACACUUCAAGAAUAGCAGAGGAAAAGGACCAACGACAAACCGAAACAAUUGGUUUGCUCCAGGGUCAGCUUGCAAACCUCACUGAAUUGGUGGGAAAUCUAACAGAAACAGUGAAAAGGCUGGACCGUGAGGUUUCUGACCGUCAGAGCUACCUGGUAAUUUCCUUGGCUCUUUGUGUAACUCUGGCUGCACUGUUAUGUGUGCAGCGAUGCUGGAAAAAUCCAAUAUCGAGGAAUGUUCACUCGCCUUCGGUUCCCAAAAGUCCAAAAAGAUGUUUUUCUUCCUAUGAUGAUAUGAAUCUUCUCAGAAGAACAUCAUUUCCCCUUGUUCGUUCAAAAUCUUUUCAUCUGCCUGCAUCUGAAGUGGGGCCAGAUGACUUGUACAUUGUAGAACCACUAAAAUUUUUACAGGAUAAUAAAAAGAAAAAGCGCUGCAGAACAAAAAUUGAGAAAGUUGAAACCGUAAAACCAACAGAGUCUGUCAUCCCAAUAGUUAAUGGAGGAAUAAAACCUUGCAAAGCUCCUUCAAAUCCAAGUGACUUUUCGAACACUGGUGUUGUCUAUAGUUCUUCACUCAAAGAUCCCCCAUCUGAAGGGGGUUCAGAGACCUCAUCCCAAUCGGAGGAGUCCUACUUUUGUGGCAUCACAGCAUGCACGAGCCUUUGCAAUGGACAAACACAAAAGGCUAAAAAUGACAAACGGUCUUUGAAAAAGAAAAAGUCAAAGGUUACAGAUCAAACGAAGUUCAUUAGCAACUUGAUGCAAACUAAAUCAGGAUCAUUGCCAAGUUUGCAUGACAUAAUAAAAGGAAAUAAGGACAUUACAGUUGGGGCAUUCGGUGUCACAACAGUUUCGGGCCAUGUGUGAUUGAAAUAUAUUGACUUUGAAUUGGAGAACACUCUUCCUCAUUUAUGGUUUACGAGGCACUUUUGACCUUGCAACACCUGAACUUUGAAAUAAUCUGCUGGUGUGAGUCUGUCUUCAGGGUCUAUUUGAAGCAGAAGUGAUUUGUACUUUAAUGGAGAGCAUCUUUCUACAAGUCAACUCCAUGUGAAUUUUGAAGAAGGCAUAUAAGACAUAGAAGAAGAAUCUCCCAAAUCUUUCAAGAGGAUACACAGUGCAAUUAAUUGGAUUAAGAAUCAUAAUUAACUGGGUACAGAUGGAACAGGGAUUAAUGCACAAUUUCUGCAUUGAGCUGUAUUCCUCCUACUUGCACCUUUCCAUAUUUGUGCCUUUUGUAUAUUUAUAAUGUAGCUGAAAACUGGAGAUGUUUCAUCUCCAAUUUAUGUACUUUGUGUUCAUCUUUUUUCCUUUCAAUUGUAUGGGAUUUGAUACUGUAACACUAGAGUUCGAUAGGUGAUCUACACAUCAGAUGAGUUUUGGCUCCAAAGAAACUAAAUAUGAUAUGUUUGGGAGGGAAGGGGAGGUGGUCCUUUUGAAAUCCUGUUUUAAUUUUACAAUUCAACUUUAAAUUCAGACCAAUGCACAUGAGUCAAAAUUUCUAAAUUGACUAGAGUGCAGAUUUGUAUGCUUCUCACCUGGUACUUUCACAUUGUGGUACAGUGUUUUAAUUUCUGAGGCAUGUAUUAGAAAGUUAAUGUAUGAAAAUGAGCUCUUUUUUUGGAAUGUAUAUAUUUGAGUGUGUUCAAGAAGAGCAUUCCUUAAUGGCAUAACAUCUGAUGUCAAAUCAUUAACUUGCAGUUCAAUGUGCACUUUUACUUUUUAUUCCAAUGCUUUUUUUUUGCUGAGUUGAAGUUUGUCUUAGUUUGUAAUGUAACUAAUUUAAUGUUUUAAUUUUCUUCCACCCUUUUGCCUCCUCAGAAAAGGGUCUGACUCUGGUACACUAGUACCCUGCUGAUCUGCGGAUUAGCCAGUCACAGAACUUAAGGACAGUUUGUUGUGGGCCUCUGUGAAAGGGUCCAAAUUUAAGCAACUUAUUUAUAUGUUUUUAAACUUGUAUGAGUGCUAUGCACAACACUGUGGAACACAAGGAUAAUGUGACUGCAGAGCUGUAGUGCCAUUAGAAAACUGUGAAUUUCUAAAUAAAAUGGAUCACUUUACUGUC